AGGAAGCAAUCUCGACAUCGACAAUCGCCAUCGCCAUCUGACUACCUCAUAUCCGUCAAGAUGGGUCACUCUCACGGUCUGAGAUCUGGCACUCGGUAUGCCUUCUCCCGCGACUACAAGAAGCACGGCGUUAUCCCUCUUUCCACUUAUAUGAGAGUUUACCGGGUUGGUGACAUCGUGGAUAUCAAAGUCAACGGAGCAGUUCAACAGGGUAUGCCAUUCAAGGUCUACCACGGCAAGACCGGUGUUGUCUACAACGUGACAAAGUCCGCCGUUGGCGUCAUCAUCUACAAGCGCGUCGGAAACAGAUAUAUGGAGAAGCGCGUCAACGUCCGCAUCGAGCAUGUUUCCCACUCCCGAUCCAGAGAAGAGUUCCUCCGGCGAGUCAAGGAGAACGCUGUCAAAAGACGGAAGGCCAAGGAGGAGGGUAUCCACAUCCAUCUAAAGAGACAACCAAUCGGACCCCGGGAGGCAAGAACAGUAAGCACUGAGGGGAAUAUGCCAGAGACAAUUACACCUGUUGCAUACGAGACGACUAUCUAAAAAAAAAACAAAAAUCAAUUAUCCGUGUUGUAUGGGUUUGGGAUCCUGUUUUUUGCCCUUUUAUGACUACUUUUCCUACUACAUGUCACAGUGAAAUAGCGCAUUGCACUGGGCGGCGUGGAGGAGCGCGGGCUCUACAUACGAUAUACGACGAUAUCAAUCAGCGCAACAAUAGAUGCCGGGCAUAUUAGGAAAUUAAUUUUUCUUUUUUUUUUGUCAAUCAAUGGAGCUAUUCGUACUUCCUCAGAUUUCACUUCUUCGGCAGGGAGGGGCAUUUCGUUAUCUUACCAUGAUGUGCCGUGGCCAACUUUGGUAUCUGGAUUUUGCGAUUCCGUUCAUUCGCGACUGAUACUAGUAGCAUUCAGGGGUGACUUCACUCACGUUCAUCCAAUCCA